CUUGUUGAACUUCCGUGACUGCGAAGCAGUAGGACGCUGAUUGAAGACAGAUCUAUUUCAUGCCUUUCGCCUUCUGUUAAGAAUUUUCCAACGAAACUGAAAUAUGGCGGAUGGGGUAGCACCGAAUCUGCGUUACGGUGGAAAAGUGGCCAUCGUUACCGGAGGCUCCAAGGGAAUUGGGGAAGGAAUUGUGAGAGAAUUUGUGAAAGCUGGUGCCAAAGUGGUCUUCUGUGCAAGAGGUGUUGAGGAUGGAAAAAAACUGGAAAAAGAAGUCACUGAGAAGGGCCCAGGAGAAGGGUACUUUAUAAAAUGUGAUGUUAGUAAAGAAGAAGAUAUUAAGAAUUUGGUAGAUAAGACUGUGGAAAAGUAUGGCUGUAUUGAUUGCCUCAUCAACAAUGCAGGAUGGCAUCCUCCGGAGGGAAAAACAGUGGAUCACACCACAGUUGAUGAGUUUAAAAAUCUGCUAAAUCUUAACCUUGUGAAUUAUUUCAUCUUUUGCAAGUUUGCUCUGCCUCAUCUACGCAAAACAAAAGGGAGCAUCAUCAAUGUUUCUAGUUUAGUGGCACAGAUUGGUCAGCCUGGUGCUGUGGCAUAUGUAGCAAGCAAGGGUGCCAUUACUUCAAUGACUAGAGCUCUAGCAGUUGAUGAGGCAAAACAUGGAGUGCGAGUCAACAGUGUCUCACCAGGAAAUGUAUGGACUCCAUUGUGGGACCAGUUAGCCAGAAGUUCAGGAAAUUUUGAAAAGAGUAAAAAGGAUGGCGAUGAAGCACAGUUGAUGGGUCGCAUGGGAACUCUUGAGGAAUCUGGUCAAGCCUGUUUAUACCUGGCUGCUGAGGCAACGUUUACAACUGGUAUUGAUCUGUUAUUGAGUGGUGGUGCAGAGCUGACUUAUGGGAAGAAAACACAAGUGGAGAGUGCUUAGAAAAAACAUUUAUACCAGUAUAUUUUUUAUAAUGAUCAAAUUUCACAACAAGCCAGUUCCAAUUUUAAAACUCUUCAAUCGUCUUCAAAGUGAUUCUUCGAGCAAAAACCACUCCUGUCAAAGUUAGUUUCAUCUGCAGGAUGGUAACAAAAUUGUUUUUCCAUAGUCUAGUUUUAUGACAAAGACUAGCUUUUUGUUAAUGGCCAUU